AUGGUUGCUAUGUUCUUGGAAUCCCUAUUAUUCUUUUUGUAUCUCCUAUCCUCCGGUGAGAGCACGACGAAUCACACGCUUGUUAUGAUAUCUCAUCGUGGAGUCCCUCUUGAUGUUCGUCAUGUACCGAAGAUGAUGGCGCAAGCCGUCGCUGCCACUGAUGGGAGGACACGCUUCCUCAGCGAAGGUGACAGUCGGUGUGAACGAUGCCUUGCACAGGACGGUCUGGUCCGCGACCUGUCGGCCCUAGGAGUCCAGAUUGUGGAUUCGAAGUGCGAAGCGAGUCCCAGGCAGAUGAAGGAUUAUCUGCUGAAGGCCAAGGGCAUGCUCGGCAUUGAGGUGGACUGUGAGCCCGACUUUGACGUUUCUAUUGCCCCUCUCGCCGGGAGGAGCACAGUUGCAGAAGGACAAGUAGCCCGUUGUACCGGCGGUAAUCCUCUUCUCGGCACCAAUGACCCCGGCUCUUCGUGUCAGGGUAACCUCGAGAUCAUUAGAUUCAGAGGUGCUCAGGAAGCAGUUCGCUCAGUCAGCCGAGGCUUGCGAAACGUCGUAUUGGCAAUCGUGGACAGCGGAGUUGAUGUAUCCCAUCCGGAUCUGAUCAAUCAGUUCUGGAAAAAUCCAGACGAUGGUUCUAUCGGGUUCAACUUCCUGGAUGAUAAUACCAACGUUACUGAUGAGAACGGCCACGGCACUCACUGUGCUGGAAUAGCUGGCGCUCAGACUAAUAACAGCCUUGGUAUCGCUGGUGUUGCAGACGUGAAACUCAUGAUCCUGAAAUUUGUAGGUAGUGAUAGGACAGGUCCUCUCAGUGGCGCAUUGAAGGCUCUCGAUUAUGCAGUCGGGAUGGGUGCUGCAGUGUCCUCACAUUCGUAUGGCGGUAAUGUGCCAAGCCGGAUCUUCGAAAAUGCAAUCCGGAAUGCUGCUAACGCUGGCCAUAUUGUGGUUGCUGCUUCUGGGAAUGAAGGAAUGAACCUGGACGAGACCCCAACCUAUCCUUGCUCGUACUCAAGGUCGAUUCCUUCUAUGCUCUGUGUUGGCGCGAGUUCUUCGACACCGACCUCGCCUGUAUCUCUCGCCUCCUUCUCGAACAUCGGUUCUGUGGUUAAUAUUGUCGCCCCUGGCGUGAAUAUCCUUUCGACGUACCUCUCGGGCUCGUACGCUUUUCUCAGUGGUACAUCGAUGGCUACGCCUCAAGUUGCGGGUGUUGCGGCCGUGCUUGCCACAUUGGGCUUGGCAGGGCAGAGCAUCACUGACUCUAUAACACGAGAGGGAUUCAACUGUAUCACUUUCGACAUGCGCGGGAUUGGCCGUUCCACUGGCUCAAGCACCUUCACAGGGUCGGAUGAAGUCAAGGACGUGGUGGCCAUGGCCAACUACGUCGGAGUGAACCUUGUCCCCAAGGAUGAUACCGCGCAGAUUAUCUUGCUCGGGUCAUCUGCGGGUGCUGCAAUAGCAGGCAGUGCGGCUUCGCUGGUCGACAACUGUGUGGCGCUUGUUUGCAUUGGCUACACUUUCGGUUACAUGGCGCGAAUGUUAUUCGGGAGUCACGUUUCUAAACUGGAAAAGUUUACUGGUCCAAAGCUCUUCAUCAUGGGCACAGAGGACUGCUGGACGGGAGUGUCACAGUUAGCUUCGUAUGUCCACAAGCUCGGCCCCUCAGCAGAGUAUCGUCUUAUCGAUGGCGCUGGCCAUUUCGAUUUGGAGAACAGCACGGAAAGAACAGGACAGAUUGUCGACUUCGCCUCCGACUUCAUAACUAAGGCUUCAUCUAAACAUUAA